AUGAAGGUGGAAUGCGGCCCGCUAGCAUCGAGUGAUAUGUCGACGCGCAUUACCGCGUCCGCGAUCCGUGCGCGUCGCGGCCACAAGGAGCGCUCGAAGAAUUUCACCGAGCUGGAGAAGCGCACCGUACUCGAGCUGAUUGCGCGCCACCGCGACGUGUUGCGACAGGGACGAUCCAACAACGCUACUAAUCGCAGUAAACAGCUGGUCUGGUCGACCAUCUGCGAGGAGGUGAACAAGCGUUGCGGUGGCGAGCGGCCGCGCACGCCCGCGCAAGUCAAGAUGUGGUACGAGAACUAUAAGAAGAAGUGCAAGAUGCGCGCUCACGAUACUCAGCAAACAUCGACUGAUGCGUCCGGACUACUUGACGGCAUGCUGUGGCACAACAUACACCCUCUAGAUGUAAAAGAUGAAGAGGGUGAAGCGACGACCAGCGCGGAGGGCGCUCACAGCGUCAAGGACGAGGACUGCAUGCCCGUCAAUAUGUCAAACGGCCGCCUAUCAACGAACGACAGUGACGACACGAUGCCAAACGUACUCGAGCCCCAAGUACAAAUAAUACCGCAAUCCUCCCCCACACCACCCUUAAAAAUCAACCCCCUAACCCUCACCUCACACCUCCCCAUCAUACCCAACCCCCUAGCCAUAGAACAGGCGAGAAUCCAACAAAACUUCUUGCAAAAAUUAAACGAAUUAUCAAACACGCCAUUAAACUUAAGCCAUCUUGAUGAUGAUAAAAGAAAAAACGGCCACGAAAGACAAGAACGGUCUGAUGACCAUAAACACGACUGCGGUUCCGCAACAGAGGAGGAAAGAUUAUAUUACUCGACUAAAAGACAGCACGCUAUUUGGGAGCACGAAGCGAAAAUGAAAAUUCUUAAUAUGGAACUCAGGCAGAAGGAAGAGAUAUUUUCCCUCCAAAAACAACUUUUUUUAAUUGAGCUACGUCUCAAAAUGGACUUUCUGGAGAAGGCGAGUGCCAAA